GCCAUCCCUAAUUGACAGCCCACUAAUGUUGAAUUCACUAUCUGAGUGUUAAAAUCAAGUUAUAAUGCUAUUCUUUAUGUAUUUGUGUUCAUUCGAUUGCAUCAAACAUUACUUGGGAUAUUAACAAUGCCAGCGCCCAGGAGGUUGUCAGUGAAACAGCUGAGUAAACUGGUAGAGUUUGCGGAGAACCACCGAGAUGUCGCAGUGGGCCGAGGGUCGGGUGCUCUGGCUUUCAAAGCCACCCGUGAUGCCUGGCAAGCUGUGGCUCAAGACUUGAACUCGGUGCCGGAUGGCAUAAAAAAAACCCCGGAACAGUGGAGAAGAUACUGGAUAGAGUUCAAAGCCAAGACGAAGUUGAAGGCUGCCGACUCCAGGAGAUACGGUGCCAGAGUGACGGGUGAUGGACGCAAGCUCACCCCUCUCACGGAGCUGGAGAGGAGGGUUGUGGAGCUCCUGGGCCCCGUAGCUACCAAGAGAUUGCAUGGCGUGUGGUUACCGCUCAGUACAAAAACAGAAUCUGAGCCCGAUGCAGACCAAGAGUCUGAGUCAUCGAUAGCAGAGGAACAGACGGGAGAGGAAAACAGAUGUGUCUCCGAUACUCCGGAGGGAGAGCGUAUCAGUGAGGUGGUCAUGAAGGUGGAGAGGUCCUCAUCACCGGAGGAACAUGUUGUUGAAGUGGAGUUGCAGCAGCAGAGAGUGGAGUACGAGGAACCUGCGACUCUAUCCAAUAAUAGACAAGGAAAUGGACGUUUGAACGAUGUGCUAGUAUACUCCGGUCCGGCGCACCACGCGCUGCCACAGAGACGGAAGAAGCCAAAAUUACGUCAAGACGAAAACGUGCCUCGCUGGGCGUACAACAUAGAGAGGCGACGGAUCGCUGUCGAGGAGAGACAGGCGGCGGCCAUGGAGGCGCUGGUCAACAUCAUGAGAGACAUCAGGGACGACAUACGGAGACUCGACCCCAACAAGUGUCGGUUAUAGCCCACCGAGCCACAUUACAGCAGCACGGUGGGGUUAGCUCCACAUACAUCAGAGUACAACUGUAGAGGAGAGACAGGCGGCCAUGGAGGCGCUGGUCAACAUCAUGAGAGACAUCAGGGACGACAUACGGAGACUCGACCCCAACAAGUGUCGGUUAUAGCCCACCGAGCCACAUUACAGCAGCACGGUGGGGUUAGCUCCACAUACAUCAGAGUACAACUGUAGAGGAGAGACAGGCGGCCAUGGAGGCGCUGGUCAACAUCAUGAGAGACAUCAGGGACGACAUACGGAGACUCGACCCCAACAAGUGUCGCUUAUAGCCCACCGAGCCACAUUACAGCAGCAUGGUGGGCUCGACAUACGUCAGAGUACAACUGUAGAGAGACAGGCGGCGGCCAUGGAGGCACUGGUCAACAUCAUGAGAGACAUCAGGGACGACAUACGGAGACUCGACCCCAACAAGUGUCGCUUAUAGCCCACCGAGCCACAUUACAGCAGCACGGUGGGGCUAGCUCCACAUACAUCAGAGUACAACUGUAGAGGAGAGACAGGCGGCGGCCAUGGAGGCACUGGUCUAAAUCAUGAGAGACAUCAGGGACAUCAUCACUUACCAUCAGGUGUGAUUGCAGUCAACUGACUUGUGAAGAAAAAAAAAGCCACAUUCGAGCAGCAUGGUGGGUCUAUAGCACAAACAAAUUAAGAUCAAAGUUUGUAAUCAAAGAAAAAAUUCUCUAGUUAUUUUUUUAAAUGGCGACGCGAUGCACGUAUUCUGUCAAAAAAGCCAUUUUCUAUUUUCACAUUGUUAAAACAACACAAAUGAACAUUUUGGCUGGUGGGAGGCUUCGGCCGUGGCUAGUUACCACCCUACCGACAAAGACGUACCGCCAAGCGAUUUAGCGUACCGAUACGAUGUCGUGUAGAAACCGAAAGGGGUGUGGAUUUUCAUCCUCCUACUAACAAGUUAGCCCGCUUCCAUCUUAGACUGCAUCAUCACUUACUAUCAGGUGAGAUUGUAGUCAAGGGCUAAUUUGUAAAGAAUAAAAAAAAAACGUUUCAAGAUGCAAUAAUAAUUCAAGGGAAUAUAUUUUUGUAAAUAUGUAUUUAAAGUUUUAAAUCUUAAAUAUCUUGUAAAUAGUAGAAAGUAGUAGUAAAUUAAAUAUGUAAAUUUUAAUUUUACUUUUAUCUUGUAAAUAUAAAUGAAAUCUAUAUAAGA